CCGGAAACCACGUGGUUCAGCUUUCCACACGCGCAGGCAGCAGCAAUGAAUCCGCUUUACUAGCGUGUAGUUUGUAAUUGUAUCAUAAACCCACCACCUUCUUCGAAACCAUGUCGGAGUUUAAAAUCAACACCAAGUUCGCGCAUAAAUAUGAUUCAUAUCGGCAGAAAGAAGAGCUCCAGAGACUGAAGGAUCGAUACGGCGACCAAAGUGGAGAGAGCGAGUCUUCCGAGUCCAGCUCCGAGGACAGUGAAGUGGAAGUGGACCCCGGAGUCGAGAGGGACUUUUACAGAACACUGUCACUGCUUAAGAAGAAAGACCCCAAGAUCUACCAGGCGGAUGCAAAGUUCUACUCGGAGGUUGCAUCGAGCGGUGAUGAACAGCCUUCAACCUCCAAGAAGGCAGUGAAGCCCAUGUUUCUCAGGGACUACGAACGUAAAGUCAUCCUGGAGAAGGAGGGCAAAUUUGAGGAUGAGGACGACAGUGACGAUGAGGAGGAGGCCGCAUGGAGAAUGGAGAGAGCCGCCUCUCCGAGCUACAUUCAGGAGCAGCGGGAGCUGAAAAACAGCUUCCGUAAAUUCAUCCAGGACAGCGACGAUGACAGCGAUGCCGGGAAGAAAUCAGAGUUUCUCACCAGGAGGAUGAAAACGCAGGCGGAGAAGGACAACGAGGAGGCCGACUAUAUGGAGUGGCUGAAGGGCCAGGCGGACCUGGAGGGCCCGGAGGAGGUGAAGGACAUGAAAUACUUAAGGGACUACUGGAACGACCCGAAGUUGGACGAGAAGGAGCGUUUCCUGAGGGACUACGUCCUCAACAAGGGCUACAUCGACGAGGACGACGCUGACAGCAAACGGAUCCCGACCUACGACGAGGUGGUCCAGGACGACGUGGAGGACUCCGAGGAGGAGGGGGAGACUUUCUUGGAGCGGCAGGAGGACUUUGAGAGGAGCUACAACUUCCGCUUCGAGGAGCCCGACGCUCAGAAGAUCAAGACGUAUCCCCGCAGCAUUGCCACGUCCGUGCGCUCCAAAGACGACAGCAGGAAGCGCAAAAGGGACGAAGUGAAAGAAAGGAAGGAAAAGGAGAAAGAGCAGAAGCGGGAGCAGCUGAAGCAGCUCAAGAACCUGAAGCGAAACGAGAUCGUGGAGAAGCUGAAGAGGCUCAAGGAGCUGACGGGCAACGAGGAGCUCGCCUUCAGCCAGGCCGACCUGGAGGGGGAGUUUGAUCCACAGCAACACGACCAGCUAAUGCAGAAAUUCUUCGGGAAUGACUACUACAAAGGAGAAGAAGGCGAGAAGCCUCACUUUGAUGAUGAAGACGAAGAUGAGGAGUCGUGGAACUGGGACAGGUGGACGGGCGAAGCUCAAGAGGAGCACUGCAGUGAGAAUGAUGCCUCUGGGCCCCACUGCGAGGAUCAGAACUUCAUUAUGGAUGCAGACUACGACCCCAACCAGCAGCCGGCCUCCAAGAGAAAGAAGCAAAAGGAACGAAAGAAGUUGAAGAAGGAGGAUUUGCCACUAAUGGGCAAAAAGAGCAAAAAGUCUCACUUUGCAGAAGUCCUCACCCAAAAGAAGCCCGUGUUUGACCCGCAGGAGAAAAGCUUUGAGCAGUACCUGGACGAGUACUACAAGCUGGACUACGAGGACAUCAUCGACGACCUCCCGUGCCGCUUCCGCUACAGGCAGGUGCUCGCCAACGACUUCGGCCUGAGCACCGACGAGAUUUUAACUGCCAACGAUAAGGAGCUGAACCAGUGGUGCACUCUGAAGAAGACCUGCAUGUUCAGGUCCGACAGAGCAGAGUCGUGUGACUUGAGGAACUAUCAGAUAAUGGCGCAGAAUGUGAAGAGGAAGCAGGCGAUCCUGCGCUCUGUGUAUUCUGAGGAAGACAAACCGCUGGAAGAUAAGACCAAGCCGGGGAAGCAGCGACGCGAUCAUCCAAAGGACACAGAGAAGCAGGACCGAGCUGCAGGGUACAUGGUGGACUCUGCAGAGGAGACGCCAGGCCAAGCUCUCGGAGAGGAAGCGGAAGAGCUUCUGAUUCCCAAGAAAAUGAAACUCCAGGAGGAAGCCCAGACAGCGGUCUCCGCCGUGGAGAAAGCGGACAAAGCUGCAGAGGUGAGAAACCGGACUGAAAGGCCCAAAUGGUCCACGAAGAAGCAAACGCACCCCGUUGGACGCCUCAGAUCGGGAACCAGCAGGGUGAAGAUUGGCGGCUGCGAGUUCAGUAAGCAGAGACUGAAGGCCUACGGUCUGAACCCCAAGAGACUGUUCUUCAGACAGCUCGGCAGGCAGAAACGAAAAGAACCGAAGAAGCUGGAGGAGAAAAAACAGGCGUGAGCCACCAUCUUAGUUAACUGUACAAUCAUAGAUGUCUGAGAAUAUAACACAUUGUCGAAUUAUAAAUUCCCUUUUUGUUUAAAUUAGAGCCUCUUUUUUUUUUUUUUUUUAAGGUUUCAAUCAUUUUCUGUUAUACCCAGUGUACGCUUUAACUACACAAUAAUAAAGAUUAUUACAAUUAAACGUUU